CUCCAGACCCGGCAGUGAGGAGCAAAGGAUCGUUACAGAGGUGGCCGGGAUCCCGAGUCCCCUGGCGCCAGCUUGUCAAGAGUGUUCUUUCAGGUCACACAGUGCCUUGGGGCCGUGUGAAAAACUUGGCUGUACUGCAGGCGUGUCCGGCUUCCUUGUCUUCUCUGAUGAAAAGAAAGUUGAAAAGAGCUUCCACUUCCUGUUUCUUAAGCCCGUCCUUAGGGCUGGAGGAGUCUCAGACAUCCAGCCUGAUCCGAGCACUGGACGGGCCCGCCAUGGAGAAGGCGCGAGAAGAACCCCCGUCAUCCACAGUGCUGCUGGACCAUGCCAGCUUCUCACAGGUCAUCUUCAACAACGUGGAGAAGUUCUACCUCCCCGGGGGGGAUGUCACCUGCUUCUACAUCUUCACCCAGCAGUUCACCCCUCGUCGAAAGGACUGGAUUGGCAUCUUCAAAGUGGGCUGGAAGACGACUCGGGAGUACUACACCUUCAUGUGGGUGGCUCUGCCCAGAGACCCCAGCACCAAACAGCAGGAAGUCCAGUUCAGAGCUUAUUACCUGCCCAAGGAUGAUGAAUACUACCAGUUCUGCUACGUGGAUCAGGAUGGCAUGGUCCGAGGAGCAAGCGUCCCUUUCCAGUUCCGUCCGGAAAGUGAGGAGGACAUCCUGGUUGUCACCACUAAGGUGAAGGUGGAGGAGACUGAGCAGCACAACAAGGAGCUCUGCCAGGAAAACCAGGAGCUGCAGGCCCUCUGUGCCCAUCUGGAGGAGCAGAACUCGGCAGCACAGGCAGAGCUUCAGAGGAAGCAGGAGGAGCUAGAAACUCUACAGAGUGUCAAUAAGAAGCUGGAGCAGGAAUCGGAAGAGCAGAAGGCCCAUUGGGACAGCGAGCGGCUUCAACUGAAAGAACAGGACCAGCAGCUGCGCUCUGAAAAUGACCAGCUGGGAACCAGAGUGGCAGAGCUGCAAUCCCAGCUGCUAAGUCAAGAGAAAGAAAUGGAGGAGCUGGUCCAGGGAGAUCAAGAGAAGACAGAGAAAUUGCAACAUCUGAAAAAUGGGAACGACCAGCUCUGUCUCAGUUUAACUGAACAGAGGGAGCAGCAGAAGAAGCUCGAAGAGGCGCUGGAGGAGAUGCGGCUGAGAGAAACCGCUGCGCUGAAGACGCAGGCGGCCCUAAUGCAGGAUGAGAACUUGGACCUGUCCAGGCGCCUAGAUGACAACAAGGUUCUGUGUGAUUCUCUGCAGAGAGAGAAAGAGCUGCUGGAAAGAGAAAAUGAUCUCUUGAGGAAGGAGAGCUGCAGGUUGCUGAGUUACCAGGCUCCGGACUUUGACUCUCUGCCACUUCAAGUGCCUGCUUGGGAUCAGGAAGGCGCCAGUCAGAACCCAGGCCUGGUCUUCGGAAACCCGUAUUCUGGUACCCAAGAAAGUUCCACCCCCGGCCCCGUGAGGUGCACGGUGCCCCUGUCCACGUCGCAGGUCCCCAAGACUUUCCAUCCCUUCUCAGUGUGCGGGCUUCAGGGCGAGGACAGUGGGUGGAAGCCGAUGAUCCGCCUGGGCCUGACCACCUCUGUCUCCAUCGGGAAGUGCCCUGUGUGCAGCGGGGUGUCCCCGGACGGGGUCUGUGAGCACCUCGAGGAGCAGCAGCGGGCGCAGGGCCACUGUAUGACGUGUCCGGUUUGCGACCAGACCUUCCCAGUGACAGAGAAGCAGAUCUUCGAGGACCACGUGUUCUGCCACUACCUCAGCGCCCCGCUGGCCUAGAGCCACGGCUUCCCCACGAGGCCAGAGACGGCAUCUGUGCCUGAGCCGCCGGGUGGGUUAAGCGCUGUGUCUGUCCUCAGAGUCCCCGGGCAACAGUACCCAUUGUUCCUCAGGACUCGGGGACAGGCCCCGGGUUGUCUUCUGCCCAAGGUUAGGCCUAACCUGGGUGGAGGAGACUGGCCAGAAACUGGGUUUCCUCCUCCAGCCGAGGGCAUUAAACCAGCCCAGAAGGCACGCGAAGGGCCCGGAUGUCCAGCUUGAAUACCAAAGAUGUCUCCUUAAUUUCGCAUCUUCUUCCCCACCACGAGCAGCCAGUGUUUCGGUCACAGAGCCUUUUUGUCUGCUCAGCUCCCCCUGCUCUUUGAGCUUUCUUUUUUUGCUUUCUUUUUGGUACCAGGGACCAAGCUCAGGACCUGGUGCUUGCGAUGCAGGCGCGGCACCACUGAGCUACAUCCCCGGCCUCCUCUUUGAGCUUCCUGUGCGCGCGACUGUCCUCGGUGUCAGUCUUAGUGGUUCCUUAGGAGUUACUAGAAACUCAGAUGGUUUGCACCCUUAGGCGCGGUUAAAUUUGGGUAGGGUUGCCGAAUACUGAAGCAGCUAUUGUUAAUCUCUAACACUAAAAAUAAAUGACUCUUUUAGGGACUUAGGUAACAAUAA